AUGAAUGGAAAUGGCCCUGUGGACCUGAGAUCAGACUCAGACUACACAGGUCGUGUGGAUUAUCAAUUUUAUGUGAACGACUGCACUCUGAGAAUCAAAGACCUGAGAGAGAGCGACUCAGCUGAGUACAAGUUCACACUGAGAACAAACAAACCGGAUCAGAGCUUGACUGGGUCACCUGGAGUUUCUUUGUCUGUCACAGCUCUACAGGUGCAGGUGACCAAAGCUGACUGGAAUACUGGCACUGCAGAGCUGAAGUGUCACAGCAGCUGCAGUCCAGCUGGUCAGCUGUCCUACAUCUGGUUCAAGAGCGGAGAGAAGAUUCAGACAGAAACAUCUUCGGUUUCAGGAUCCUUUGAUUCUUUAAACAGCUACGCCUGUGCUCUGAAAGGACAUGAGGAUUCCCCUUCUCCUUCAGUGUUGUUUUGGUUCAGUCCUGCACGUAGUCAUCACUGGCAGAAUCCAACACAGCCUGAGGACCUAAAAGAAGACUCACAGUAUGAAGGUCGUGUUCAGGUCUCUGACAUUUGGAGAACACACUCCACUCUGAGAAUCUCUGACCUGAGAGAGAGCGAUUCAGCAGAGUAUUGCUUUAAGUUCCAAACACUGGUCUCUGAUUGGGGGAACAGUUUCCCUGGUACAACUCUGACUGUCACAGCUCUGCAGGUGCAGGUAACCUCGGUAACAGUCCUGCAGGAUUACACUGAAGCAGUGCUGAGGUGUCACCACAGCUGCUCUCCUGCUGGUUACAUGUCAUACAUCUGGUUUAAGAAUGGAAACGAAAUCCAGAAUGAGGAAAAGUCCUCUCAUGAGAACUGGUUUUACCCAGGAGACUUCAUCUCUUGUGCUGUGAGAGGACUUGAGAAGUCUGUCUCUCCCUCAGUGUAUGCUCUGAAGGCUCCCUCUGUGUCGGUAAGUCCUCCUGGUGAAAUAACGAAUGGCGGUUCAGUCACUCUGAAAUGUAGCAGUGAUGCUAACAGAGAAGCUAACUACACCUGGCUCAAGAGGAACCAAACACUGCCCAGAGAAGAACCACAGCUUGUCUUCACUUCCAUCCAGCCCUCUGACUCUGGAGAGUAUCGCUGUACAUCUGAAAACGAGCUGGGAAAGAGAACAUCUGAACCCGUCUUCAUUGAUGUCAAAUAUGCUCCACAGCUUCCCUCUGUGUCAGGGAGUCCCUCUGCUGAGAUAGUGGAGGGCAGUUCAGUGACUCUGACCUGCAGCAGUGAUGCUAACCCAGCAGCUAACUACACCUGGUACAAGGAGAAUGAAGACUCACCAAAAGCAUCAGGCCCAGUCUUCACCAUCACUGACUUCAGUGCUGAACACAGUGGGAAUUAUUCCUGUGAAGCCCAUAAUGGAAUAGGACGUCAGAACUCCACCUUUCUUCUGAUUGUUGUGGCAGGAGCAUGGACAUCAACAGCUGUUGGAACAAGCCUUGCUGUAGUCUUUGUCAUCUUACUCCUCGUUGUAUUCAUCCUGAUAAGAAAAAAGAGAGCCUCAAAGCGAUCAGCUGAGAAUGGAGAGACAGCAGGUGACACCCAGGAACAGUGCCUUCCUCCUCAGAGCACGCAAGAGGAGCAGGACCUUCAUUAUUCCAGCGUUCAGUUCAUCACAAACCCGCCAGAGUCUCUCUACUCCUGCGUCAGACCAGUUCAACCAGAGCCUCUCUACUCCUGCGUCAGACCAGUUCAACCAGAGCCUCUCUACUCCUGCGUCAGACCAGUUCAACAACACGGACACCAGCUGCAAGAGAAUCAGGAUGUUGUAUAUGACGCUAUCACUAUUAACAAGCCCACUUCUGCCCGGAGCUGAGCAGGAUGGGAGCGUUUCUGCAACAUUUAGAAAUAGUGAAUCUGCAGCUUUGUAUUUACAUGAAACGUGUUGUAUAUUUAAGCAAAUA